AUGAGUGAGGGAGGUGAACAAGGUGCUGAUACAAAUAUUAAUUUUUUACUCGAACAAUAUGAUAUUACCUGCAAUAAUGAUUCCGUAAUUCGGACAACAUUUUAUAAAUAUUUCAAUCCAAAGGAAGCAUUGAUCGCUAAUGGUGUCCUAAAUCGUGCUCUUACAUCAACAGCUGGCAAGUUGAAACAUUCAAGUGAUGAAGAAAUUAACGCACUUGGCUUACAAUUUGUUUAUCCGUAUGGAGCAACACUGAAUGUUGGCCGUAAAUCAACAGCAGUACUAUCUACGGGUAGCGUUUGCUACCCAAACAAUCGGCCAAUUUGCGCAUUCCAUCAAACGGAAAAAGGUGGCAAAUUGAUAGUUAUUGGUUCAGUUCAUAUUUUCACAGAUCAAUAUUUUGAAAAAGAAGAUAAUAAUAAAAUAUGGGAUGUUAUCAUGAAAUAUGUAACGGAUGGUUUUGCUUUGAAUGUUGUCGAUAGUAAGGAACCGGAUUUGAUGGACACACAUCCCAUACCAGAUCAUAUUUACUUAUCGGAGAAAAUUAAAGUAUGUCUGCAGGAAGGUGAAUAUGAAAUGAAUCAAAGUAAUGAUUUCCUCAAAUACUUUGACAUUAGUCUUUAUGCUAUGGAUCUCUCCGUUUGGCCUAAAACUAUCAGGGCAUAUGAGCAGCUUGGUUUAAAGCAUGAACCACUUUCUCUUAUUGUACCACAAUUUGAAGUACCACAACCUCCACUUACACCUGCUGUAUUUCCACCAAACUUUCGAGAACUUCCGCCACCUCGAUUGGAAUUGUUUGAUUUAGAUGAUAUGUUCUCAUCAGCAGAUGUUCGACUCGCUCAACUUACUAAUAAAUGUGAAGAAAGUGAUUUGGAAUACUUCUUGAGGGAGGCUGGAGAAAUUUAUGAUAUCACGAAGUGUUUGCCGGAAAAUGAUAGAGGACCGAAAAAAAUACUUGAAUUUGUGCUAUAUCAAUUAGCAGGAUUUAAAAAGUUCAAUCAGGAAAAAGAUGAUAUUGAUAUUGAAAAUCUGAAAAGGACCUCCAGCGAUUUGAAUGAGCAAUAUUUCUCGGAUAUUGAUGAACAUGACGACAUGAAUUAA